CCUGACUCUAGUUCAGAAAGGCCGAUAUUGAAAGUAAACAAGUGCAGUGAGACUAGCUCCCAAGAAUGACAAGCUAUUCUAUUCUGGGAAACAGCUGAAAGAUCCAGAGGCCCCUGAAGACCAAACGGCCCCGUGGAUGCCCUCACGGCAGAGUCAUGGUCAGCUUCCACCAGAAGGGAAGACAGGAUUCCCUUUAGGAAGUAACGUCUGCACCUGUUGACAUUCUGAUGGGAUUUUUCAGCUGAAGAACGGCUUGGUCCAGCUUUCUGCACUACCACCCACAGGGAAGCUUCGUGUUUCAGUAAUCCUCCUGUCAUUUAUCAGUUGGAAGAAGAGCCUGGGGACUCCCUGUGGAGGAAUAUAAAAAAAAAAUCUGUGAAGUUUGAACAUCGGCCUUCUCAAGAUGUACCGAAUCUCUCAAAUGAUGUCGACACCAAUAGCAAAUUCCUCCAAAUCAGACAGAGGACCUUCUGGAAAGCUGUCCCCCACAAAUCUUUUCCCAAGCUUUACUUGUGACUUCCUGGAUGGAGACAGUUCUUUUGAAUGCUGCUCCAUAGACCCCCUGACAGGCUCCCACUAUAUCUGUCGCAGAAGCCCCCGACUCCUCACCAAUGGCUACUACAUUUGGACAGAGGACAGUUUCCUCUGUGAUCCAGAUGGCCACAUCACACUGAACCCCUCCCAUACCAGUGUGAUGUACAAGGAGAACUUAGUUAGAAUAUUUAGAAAGAAAAAGAGAGCCCACCGUUCUCUUUCUUCUCUCUUGGACCCCCGAGCCUCUAAGUCUUGGCUGCAUGGAAGUAUCUUUGAAGAUGUUGACUCACUCCCAAGUGAGGAUCUCUGGCUGGAUGGAAUCAGGAGCCUUGGAAGUGAUCUAGACCGUUCUUCUCUGAGUGAUGGCUGGAAGUCUCAGAAGCCAGUCACAGACACAGAAUGCUCCUCUUCUGGCCACAUCCUUCCUCAGCCUCUCAGAGAAAGCUCCCAGAGUUCCUCUCUUCAGCUUCAGAUGAAAGCAUCAGGAUAUUUGGAAGAAGAGAACACUCCGGUGCAGUCCAGAGCUGGUUUGAUGCAUAAGGUCUCCUUGCAGGCAAUCCUCCUAGCAGUAUGCUUAAUCAUUUCUACAUGUGCAAGAUGGUUUGUGGGAGGAGAAUUAGCCAGCAUCUUUACAUGUGCAUUGCUGUUCACAAUAGCUUAUGUUGUGAAAUCACUGUUUCUCAACCUUGCCAGCUAUUUCAAAGCCACCACCUGUGCUAGAUUUGACAGCACUUGAGGAAUACAUGUGAUGAAUGUCUUUGCUCUGAAUACCUGGGAACAGUAAUUUGGAGUCUUCUUGGAAUCAACCACUUUUUUGGAAGAGAAUGAGCAAAUGGAUAACAGAAAAAUUAAUUUGACAAUGUUUUUUUUCUAAAAUCUUUAUUUCCACAUUUAAUAGUAAUUGGUUCAUGACAAUAAUAUUAAUUUUCCUUUCUUUCAAAAACAGUGUCAAUUGAAAGAGAAGGGACAGGAGAAAGUGACAAAGGACAGACCAUCUGGAGUAAUGUUCCCUUGUUGUCCCUAAUACAGUGAACCUCAAACAUUUAUUUUGAUUAGAGAAUUCUGUGAGAGGCUUGGAUCAUGAAUAUCACAUGUCUGCAACCAUGUAACUAGCUAUGACUUGCUAACCUACUUUAACUGAACAAUGCAAACAAGUUUAUGUUAUUCAUUAAAGCUGCAUAGGAAUAGACACAGUUUGUACAUACAAUAUAAUAAAUGAGUACUUUUCAAAAUA